CAAAAACUCAGAAAAAAAAAAAGAAGAAGCAAAAACUCAGAAAUAAACUUACACAAAUAUGACAACAUCACGAUUGAUCAUGAUCUGUUUCUUGGUCGUUGUCAUAACGACAUCAUCUGGUGUUAGUUGCAAAAAAAAAAAGAAACAUCAUGGUGUUGUUGGACAAGUGAGUGGCGUCCCUGAGCCAAGCAUGGCCCCUACUGUUGGACAAGUGAGUGGCGUUCCUGAGCCAAGCAUGGUCCCUGGUGUUGUUGGACAAGUGAGUAGCGUUCCCGAGCCAAGCAUGGCCCCUGGUGUUGUUGGACAAGUGAGUAGCGUUCCCGAGCCAAGCAUGGCCCCUGGUGUUGUUGGACAAGUGAGUAGCCCUAGCCCUAGCCCUGGUGUUCCUGAGCCAAGCAUGGCCCCGGCCCCGGCCCCACAAGGACCGCCCCCCAGGAAGGACGUUGUGUUUUCUGUAGACGGAGGGCCAGUCUUGCCCAACGUUCCCUAUUACAUCAGCUUCAUGUCGGCCGACUACAACAUGUGGAUUUGCCGAAUGAAUCCAAGUUCCUCAGAUCCCAAUUCAUGCCCACACCAACCGAUAAUGUUCACUAGACCAACUAUAGCCCCCACGCCUGUUAUGUUUAUAUUACCAUCAUCAACACCAGAUACUUAUAUACGUGAAUCAACCAAGCUUAGCAUUAAGUUCGCAAACCCAAGUCAAUGCGGCGAAUCAGGGGUUUGGAGAGUAGCAAAUGGUGAAGUAGGCCUGAACGGAGUUGAGGGAAGGGAAGAUAGUUUGUUCGAAAUCCACAUGACUGACUCAUAUUACAAGUUUACUAUCGGUGAAAGUAUCUAUCCAGACGUUUAUGCAACGAGUAUCAGUUUAUCUAACAGUCGAAUUGGUAAAGAUAGGUUGAUAGCGAAGCAGCCUUCUGGAGAGAUGGAAGUUAAUUUCUUCCAACAUUAUCCACCUGAAUAUGAAUAUUAA